AACGAUCGCAUUAGUCACUCACAGAACAUAAUUUUUUCGUGAACAUUCUUUAGUGUGUGUUCUGAUAUGUUAGAUAUUUCAUCAUUUUAAACAAAUCUUUUUCGAAUCAACCAAAUUCAAAUAAUUGUUUUCGCAUUUAUUUUAUUUUGAAAAAAUCAUAAAAUGGGUGUUCGCGGAUUAAAAACAUUUUUGGAGCGUAAUAAUCAAAUUCAUCCAAUAAACAUCGAUGAUGAAGUUAAAAACUGGAAAAGUGCACAUCCACAAAAAACGCCGAUAAUUGUCGUGGAUUUUCUGAGCCUUGCAAUUGGCAUAACGACGGACAAAAGCGAUGCCAUUUGCGGUGGCCGUCAUCAAAUCGUUUUGAAUUCCUGGAAGAAGCUUUUGGACGCAUUCCAAGCAACUGGAUGUGAAUUGGUAUUUUUUUCUGAUUUAGGCAUCCAAGAAGCAAAAAUUGAUGUGUGGAAUGGUCGUCGUGAUCAAGAAUUUCAGACUAACGUUGAUUUAUAUAAUAUGAUUGAGCACGGUUUACCGUUAUCGCGAAUUGUUGCUGAAAACGAUGACAAGUGUACACUAAAAUCACUGUUCUAUGGAAUGGCACAGGUUGCAAGAAGAUAUGGUGAAUUUCAUUACUCAACAAAAUACGAAUGCGAUUUGGAAAUUGCACAGUAUGCUAAGCAGCACAACUGUUUGGCGGUCAUAACAAACGACACCGAUUUUCUUAUAUUCGAUGGAGCUUGGAAACUGUGGUCGCCAUCAGAUGUUCGUUUGACUCCAGCCAAUCGACUGACAACCGUUGAAUACAAUCGAAAUAGCCUUGCAAACAAAUGCUUACUGUCACAGAAUCAACUACCAUUAUUUGCAACUUUGAUCGGUAAUGAUUUCACGCAUGGUUGCUACGAUCAAUUGGGAAAGUUUCAUGGAAGCUUGGGACCAUUUCGAAUGAAAUUUCAAAACGUCGCCAACUUUGUACGUCUAGUUUGGCGUGCAAACCUUACUGAUUCCGACAUCCAAAAAAUUGUCGUUCGUGUUUUUGGUUAUGCUGAUGAUGAAAAAAAUGAAAUGAUUAAAAACAGCAUCAAAUCAUAUGAUACCAAUUUUAUACCAGCGGCUAUUGACGAUCCAAUUGAGGAAAAACUACAAAACACAGCACUAUAUCGCAUAUACAUGGAUAACAUGUGUCCAAUAUAUGGAAGUUCACUUGGAUUUUACGAUAUGCGUGGCUCCGAGGCGAUUAUUAACAUACCAAAGCUGUUAAACGACUGGAUAAAACGCAGAAAAGGCAUUUUGUUGCAGCGUUACAACAACAAGUCUUUGACUUUUACUCUAUUGGCGAAGAGAAAUGUCAACGAAAACUGUCUGGCUUAUACAGAAACUCCAAUUUACCCAGAUUUCGAGGUACCUAUAGAUGACUUGUAUGUCGAGAACGAGGAACUUGAUGAUAUCGCAAUCAUCGAAAUUCGUUGGAAGCUCUUUGGAUGGAUCAUGUCAUUUUCGGAAGAAGUCAUUUCUACCAUCAAGAAAUUGCCACAGAAAUAUUUGCUCAUCAGCACCAUUCUUUAUGCUUUGGUCAAGGAAGGUAUAUUCAGCAUUGAAGAGGCCGAUGGUAUCUUGUACACCGAGUACAAAGUGUAUUUGGAUGAAACGGGAAAUGCACAGUAUCCAAAUGUACUUGUGACUCGUUACGUGCGCGCCGCACAUAUUUACAACAAUGUUUUCUCACAAGUUCGACAUAAUUUUGGCAUCGCCGGCCUUCUUCCAUCGAUUGAGGAGGUCAUGCAAUUUGACGGCGUUUUCUUUCAAAAACUGAUGGAAAAAAUGACCAAAAUGAAAAUUACGGAACGCGAAAAUUUGAUGGCUCCACUACAAAAAUAUCGAAUUCAUGCUCUGGACUUCGAAAAUUAAAGCACUCAUUGUUGGCAUCAAAAGACAACAAACAACCUUUAUGGUUCCAAACAUUUAUUACUAUGACUACAUUUAUUCUUAACCAAAACCAUUUUAUAUUUUUUUUUUCAAACAUAUGUUUAAUGUCAGAGACUAAAAAAAAACAA